AUGAUCCAGCCAGCGCUUUUGCAGCAGCCAGGAUAUCACAGUCUACCCGGCUAUAGUUCAUCCAGGGCCCCGAGAUCAUAUGACCAACAGCAAUUUAUGCAGCCAUCGUUCAUACAGCAGGCGGGCCCGCAGCAUCUAGGCAUACAACCGCAGUCUAUGAUACCACCACACAUGCAGCAGCCGGGUGCGCAGCAUCUAGGCAUACAACCGCAGUUUAUGAUACCACCACACAUGCAGCAGCCGGGUGCGCAGUAUCUAGGCAUACAACCGCAGUCUAUGAUACCACCACACAUGCAGCAGCCGGGUGCGCAGUAUCUAGGCAUACAACCGCAGUCUAUGAUACCACCACACAUGCAGCAGCCGGGUACACAGUAUCUAGGCAUACAACCGCAGUCUAUGAUACCACCACACAUACAGCAGCCGGGUACGCAGUAUCUAGGUAUACAAUCGCAGUCUACAGCAUUGCCAUUCAUACAACAGCCGUUUUUGCUACCGCCAUCCUCACAACAGCAGGGCGCGCAGAAUUUGGGAAUGCAGCAGCAGUCUUUAUUGCAACCGUAUAGUGAGGACGUAGAUAAAGAACUCUAG